GUUGUUGUUAUUAUUUUAAUAUUUUAAAAAUAUAAAAAUGUGAUAAUUAAUUAUUAUUGUAAUUUAUUUUAAGUGACACAAUCUUCUUUAAGCAUUACAUAAGUGCAAAGCUAAGAAACAUGAGCCGACUUUCUGUUGAUUCUGACGACGAACUGUCUGACGAGGAAAAUCUUUCUGAUCUGGAUAUUAUGUCUGAUGGUGAGUCAGAACACAGUGAACAUAAUUCUGAAACAGAACAAUCAGCAACAGACUCCGAUGAUGACAGUGAUACAGAUACAGAUACGAAUAACAAUAAGUCAGUAAAAAAUAAAGCUGUCAAUACCAAAUAUGUUCUCGGCAAGGAUAAAAGUACUCGGUGGUUCAGUGAUCCUCCUAAUCCGAAGGUUCGGACUCAAAAACAUAAUAUUGUCACAGGUUUGCCUGGACCUACAAAACUGACAAAAAAUUCAAAAACACCAAAAGAUUGUUGGAAUUUAUUUUUACCGGCUGAAAGUAUUGAACAAAUUGUUGCUUAUACCAACAUUUUUUUGGAAAAACUACACUCGUCGAAAAAAAAGAAAACAGAUAUUCAACCAACGUCUUAUGUAGAAAUUAAUGCUAUGAUUGGAUUGUUAUACAUGCUUGGUGUUCACAAAGAUUCUCGUGUUAGUUUGAAAGAGCUUUGGGGCACUGAUGGGACGGCUCCUGAUUGUUAUCGUGCUGUAAUGUCUAAGUCUCGAUUCUGCACUUUGUUAGCAGCAUUAAAAUUUGAUGAUAUCAAUGAUCGCGAGGAACGCAAAAAAGUGGACAAUUUAGCACCAAUUCGAGAAUUUUCAGAUAGUUUCAUUGAGCGUUGCCAGCAGAAUUAUACUCCAGGUGAAUACUUGACCAUUGAUGAGAUGCUUCAAGCUUUCCGUGGUAGAUGUAAAUUUCGUCAAUAUAUUGCGAAUAAGCCUGCACGAUAUGGAAUAAAAAUUUAUUCCAUGGCUGACUCUAAACGAUUCUACACGUACAACAUGGAAAUUUACUGUGGUAAACAGCCACCAGGUCCACAUGUAAAAUCUAACUCUGCGAUUGAUGUUGUCAAAAGACUAACUGCUCCGAUACUUAAUACUGGAAGAAAUGUCACAUGUGAUAACUAUUUUACCUCCGUACCUCUCGCUAAUUAUUUGUUGAAAAACAAAACAACUAUUGUUGGAACGAUUCGACGCAACAAGCGUGAACUCCCACGAGAAUUGUUAGAAAUUAAGAAUCGGAACAUAUGUAGCAGUAAAUUUGUAUUUACCGACAAUAGCGUGUUAGUUUCGUAUAUACCUAAAAAAUCAAAAAAUGUUUUAAUGUAUUCUACUAUGCAUAAUUCUGCGAGCAUUGACAAUAGUACUGGAGAAAAAGCGAAGCCAGAGAUUAUCACCUUUUAUAAUAAGACAAAAGCGGGUGUAGAUGUUGUUGAUCAGCUUCAAGGAGAUUACAACGUUGCUCGUGACACGCGUCGAUGGCCAAUGGUUGUAUUUUACGCAAUCUUGAACAUUGCUGGGAUAAACUCAAGAAUUAUUUACGAAGAAAAUGUGGGGAGCAAAAUUGUUCGAAGAGAAUUUUUACGUCAACUGUUUUUUCAACUAGUGCAACCACAGUUAGUCCUUCGUAGUCAGUUGCCUAAUUUGAAGUUAGAAUUACGAUCUAUUGUUUUAAAAAUUGGUAAUAUUAAACCAGAAAAACAAACGCAUGCGUCUAGUCGUCGUUUGUGCUGUUAUUGUCCACGCAGAGCUAAUAGUUACACAACUAAAAGCUGCUCAUCUUGCAAUACACCACUGUGCAAUCAACAUACAGUGAGAUAUUGUACUGAUUGUGAUUCGAAUCUGAUUUCCAAAGAUGACUUGUAAUUUAGAUUUUAGGUAAAAAUGCAAUAUUAUAUAAAUCUGGUCACUUUUACCAAAAAAUGAUGCGUAAUUACCAAAGAAUAUUGCUAAGUACUUAAAAUGUAACAAUGUUUAAAACAUUGAGGCUAUUUUCUUACUUAAAAUGUUGAAAUUAAACUUUAAUUAAAUGACAAAGUCUUAUAUUAU